GCUUCCUGCCGCAGGUUUGACUGCAGUCUGCUGGUUGAGGGGCAGUAGGGAAACCACUGAAAUCUGGGAUAUCUGGGAAAAGGGCAGUCGGUGAAAACCGGGACUCAUCCGGUUCAGAUCCCGGAGAACGUCGCCCGUCGCCCCGCGGAGCUUCCGGCGGACCGUCCGGCUCCGAGUCCCCGCUGCUGGCUGCGGUUUUUCUUCCUCUAACCUCCGCUGGAUCCGCACGGGAGAUCGAAUCUUCCAGCGAGCUGUUGGACUGAGCAGACCAAAGAUGGAUCAGGUGUCUGAUGAGGAGGUGGAGGUCCGGGAGGAGGAGGAGGAGGAGGAGGAGGACAGCGAUAAGGAGGACCAGGACCUGGACAAGAUGUUUGGAGCCUGGCUGGGGGAGCUGGACAAACUGACUCAGAGUCUGGACGACGGUCGUCCUGAACCUCCUCCUCAGCAGAAAGCUCCUCUCAGACAGGAGACCAACAUGGCCAACUUCUCCUACAGGUUCUCCAUCUACAACAUCAACGAGGCUCUGAACCAGGGGGACAACGUGGACCUGGACGCUCUGAUGGCCGACCUCUGCUCCAUCGAACAGGAGCUCAGCACCAUCAACACCAAACCCAACAGCAGCAGCAGCGGCCUGGCCCGGCUCGGUCUGACCGACACCAAGGUCCGUCAGAAGCCUCCAGCAGGUCGCAGCAGCCGGCAGCAGCCAGCAGGGGGCGGUAGUAACAGCGUCGGUGGUGGCAGCAGUGGAGCGAGUAGCAGCAGCAGCAGCACCAGAGCUUCACCAGCUGGAACCAUCAGAGCUCCAACCGGACAUCAUGGAAGACCAGCUCUGGCCUCCAACUUCAGCCUGGACGACAUCACGGCUCAGCUGGAGAAGGCGUCCCUCAGUAUGGACGAAGCCGCCCGUCAGACUUCCUCUCACUCUCUAAGCUCCGCCUCCUCCUACACGUCGGCCACCAUGCGUCGACCCGGAGCCUCUCAGCGCCAACACCGACGGACCGGAUCAGUCGGGACGGUCAGCGAACACGAGGUGCGCUCCAUCGUCCAAUCGUCUCGCUCCUCCGUCACCUCGGCCUCCGGAGUCUCGGUGAACUCGGCCUCCUCCAUGGACUCUCUGGACUCCGUCCUCCGGUCCGAGUCCGACGGUCAGCAGCCUCCAGCCGAGGGAGCCGGUCAGAGUCACCACAACACCGAGCACUCCUAUCUGGACAGGGAAACCUCUCUGAUUCUGAGAAACAUAGCAGGAAAACCCUCCCACCUGCUGACAAAGGAGGAGCAGGCGGCCAAGCUGAAGGCUGAGAACAUCCGAGUGGCUCUGGAGAAGAUCAAGGAGGCUCAGGUGAAGAAGCUGGUGAUUCGUGUCCAUUUGUCAGACGAGAGCUCAAAGACGAUGAUGGUGGACGAGAGACAGACGGUCAGACAGGUUCUGGACAGUUUGCUGGAGAAAUCUCACUGUGGAUACAGUGCAGACUGGUCCCUGGUGGAAACCAUCAACGAGCUGCAGAUGGAGCGGAUCUUCGAGGACCACGAGAACCUGGUGGAGAACCUGCUGAACUGGACCAGAGACAGCCAGAACCGCCUCAUGUUCACCGAACGGAUCGAGAAGUACGCUCUGUUCAAGAACCCACAGAACUACCUGCUGGGGCGGAAGGAGACGUGUGAGAUGGCUGAGAGGAACAAAGAGGCUCUACUGGAGGAGUGUUUCGGCGGCAGCUCGGUGUCGGUCCCUGAGAUGGAGGGAGUGUUGUGGCUCAAAGAGGAUGGAAAGAAGUCGUGGAAGAAGCGCUACUUCCUGCUGAGGGCUUCUGGCAUCUACUACGUCCCAAAGGGCAAAGCAAAGGCCUCCAGAGACUUGGUGUGUUUCCUCCAGCUGGACCACGUCAACGUCUACCUGGGACAGGACUACAAGAGCAAGUACAAGGCUCCUACAGACUACUGCAUGGUGCUGAAGCACCCUCAGAUCCAGAAGAAGUCGCAGUACAUCAAGUAUCUCUGCUGUGACGACAUCAGAACUCUUCAGCAGUGGAUCAACAGUAUUCGUAUCACCAAGUACGGGAAGCAGCUCUACACCAACUUCCAGGAGGCCAUGAGGAGGUCGGAGGCGGCCUACGACUGGUCUUCCCUUUCUUCUUCCUCCAUCAAGUCGGGAUCCAGUUCAUCCAGCCUUCCAGUUAGCAUCAUCACCAGUCUACAAGUUAAUCAGAACUCACCGCUUCACCCUGCAGAGUCUCAGUCCAACCACUCCAGCCAAUCGGACAGCGGCGUUUCAGAGAUGACAUCAUCAGGCCACACCCGCUCGCAGAGUGUCGUCAGCUCCAUUUUCUCUGACGCCUGGAGGAGAGGAACACAAGGAGAGAUGAUGAGGAUGGACCCUAUCAGUCGGCCCAUCCCGGUCCAGAUCCCGUCCCUGUCCCCCCAGCCUCCUCAUCAGACUCCCCCCUCCAGGAGCAGCUACACCGACGGCCUCCUCCCCUCUGAUGACUCCUCCCCCUCCCCUCCCUCCCCCCCUCCCCCUCCUCCUCCGCCCCCCAUAUCCAGCGUGGCCCACCAGCCGGCGCCCCCUGCCUCCUACGUUAAGUACAGCACCCUGGCCCGGCUGCAGAGCCAGACCCAGUCCAGGACCCAGCAGGCUGGUACCGCCCCCCCCUCCAACUACAACACCCUCCCGGCCGCCUACAGCACCUCCCCUGCUCUGCCCCCGUCUCCUCCUCCUCCUCCUCCCCCCACAGCUCCGGCUCCUGGUUCUGCCAUGGCAGCGUUGAAGUUCGGUCCGUCCAGCCCCUCGGCCCUCCCCCCUCCUCCCCCUCUGGAGGAGGACAUGCAGGAGCCCUCCUACCUGCCUCCUCCUCCCCCUCCAGAGCCCAGCUCCUGCCCUCCUCUGUCCAACACCGGCCUGCAGCAGUUCCUGUCCCAGAAGUUUCCCAACAUGGUGUAUGACUUCAGCCAGGGCCCUGAUGAAGACUCUCCUCCUCCUCCUCCUCCUCCUCCUGGAGCUGAACUCUCUCCUCCAACCUCCCUGCAGGUCCUCCGGCCUCUGUCCCCCAACGCUCCUCCUCCUGCACCUCCUAAGACCUUCACUGGUGGGUUUCCUCCUCAAACUGCUCCCAAACCUUCCGGUCCUUCCUCCCUCCCCCUCGCUCUCUCCCCCGUCUCCCCCACUCAGCCCCAGAUUGGACACGGUCCCUUUAAGAAGCAGCAGAGCUUCUCCACAGGACACUCCCCCAACCAGCCUCCCCCCACCCUGCCCAAGCAGCACAGCCUCUCCUCCAAGAACCUGGCCGUCUCUCCUUCCUCCUCCUCCUCCUCCGUCUCCAUCGCGGCCGCUACCUCCUCAUUGGUCAAACAGAUUGUCAAUCAGUUCCCAGGAAACUCUGCCUCUUCCUCUCUGCCCGCCUCCAACUCCAUGGAGGGCUCCAAGUUCUCGGCUCCUCAGUCUCCUCCGGCGGUUAAAGCCAAACCAAAGUGGCAGCCGGGAGGAGUGGUAGCUCCUCAGUCUCCAGAGUUCCCUCCACCUCCUCCUGACAGCUCCCUGGGAGACUUCCCUCCUCCCCCCUCCUCCAAGACGGGCUCCCCCGUCAAGAAGUCGCCUUCCACCUCCUCCACAGGAUCCACCAAGAGGGGUCCUCCACCGACCCCCCAGAGAGCCUCCUCCAUCCGGGAGGCCCAGGAGGAGAGGCCCAAGAAGGUGGAGAGUCUGGUCAGUAAGUUUGGCCAGGCUCCUCAGACCGGCACCUCCUCCAGCUCCUCCUCCGCCACUGGCUCUCCCUCCAAAGACUCCUCCCUUCCUGCUCCGCUGCCGAAGCCGGGGAAGCUGAACCUGGCCAACCUCCCUCUGGCUCUGCAGGGCCUCCAGGGGCAGCACCACCAGCCCGACUUCCCCUCCCCUCCUCCCCCACCUCCCCCCUCCCAGCCUCCUCACCUGGACUCCUCACCCGACUACUUCCCUCCUCCCCCCAGUGACUUUGAGCUCUUCCCUCCCCCUCCUCACCCGUCAGAGUUCCACCACCCCCCGAAGGUUGCCGUGGUGAACCCCCAGCCCCAGAUGCCUCCUCCUCAGCAGCCGGCCUCCUCUUUGUCGUCGUCGUCAUGGAAACAAGGCUCUCUGAAGAAGGGGGCAGUGGCGCCUCCCACACUGAGCCGGAGGACCAGCAACACGGGUCAAUACGACACCACCUCCUCCAUGCCUCUCUCGCUGCUGCCGCUGUCUCAGACUCCGCCUCCCUCCCUGACCUCCUACUCCUCCUCCUCCCCCAUCCCCCCCACCUCCCCCAAGUCGGCCGGACCGGGCUCGCUGACGCUGAAGCCCCACUUCCUGGAAGACCUCAACCGCACCCUGAAGAGGAAGUCGGUGUCUCGCCACGGCUCGCUGACCUCCUCCCACCUCAUCACCUCCUCUAAGAUGGAGCCGGUGGGCACCAUGGACGACAUGGCGCUCCUCCCUCCUCCUCCCCCGGAGCUCCUGCAGCAGCAGCAGGGCGUCCGAGGACACUCCCACACUCUGUCCCGCCACCAUUCGCACUCCCAGUCCGCCAAACACGCCAACAUCUCAGGCUAUGCAACGCUGCGGCGAGGCCCGCCUCCCGCUCCUCCUAAACGGGACCAAAGCACCAAACUGACCAGUGAUUGGUGAAGCAGAGACACUGGGCGGAGCCUAAGCAACCGAACUGACCAAUGAGGUCUUAGAGAAGAAAUAAUCAGUGUGUGUCUUGACUUGUCCGUCUCUCCUCGUCCUAAACCAUCCUGGAUACCGAGCAAGUAGCAAGCCGUGUUUCCUACUCAGAUUAUGAUUGUUGAUAUUAACCUCAUUAUUCCUAUCAUUACGAUACAUGUUUAACCCAACGACACGAGUAGAAUAUAUAUAUGUACAUAUAUAUCUGUAUACAAGCAAGCCAGAAAAUCACCUAUCGAGCUUUUUUCACAACGUCUGUGCAGCUUUGCAUUGAAAUAUACAAAAGACGAGACUUGAACGACGACGGCAACAGAGACACUUUGCUGCAAACUACCAGGUACUGCAUGGAGCCGCCGAUCACGGAAGGAGAACACGGAAGGAACACGGGACGUGAAAGUGGAUGUAUAGAAAUAUGUGUUGUGAACCUGGGGGGGCAUCGCCAUUUAUUUCAGACUUUUUUUGUGUGUGUUUUUAUAUAAGAUUAUUUAAUACUGGAAAGAUAUUGUUAUUAGAAUUAUUUUAAAUUUUAAGAAGACUCAGAGGGUGUGUUUUCUCAAGAAGCAGCUCAUUCCUGAGUGUUUAUUUGGAUCAUUGUUUUCAUCUGAGGGUGCUUCUUUAGCGUUAGAGCUUCAUGGCUGAUUGGUUGGUCAGAUUUAAUGAUUAAAUGCUUAAAGGAUUGAACAAACACUUCAGUCAGAUUCAAUCAGUAAGGCUGCGCUCAGAUUACAGGAAUCAGUUACAUCUUAAAGUAUUAUUACUCCAGAGCAGGAGAGUCAAACUCAUCUUAGUUCCACAUCCAGCCCAGUCUGAUCUCCAGUGGACCGGACCAGUAAAACCACAGCAUAAUGACCUAGAAAUAACCACAACUCCUAAUCGUUCCUUUGUUUUAGUGCAAAAAAGUACAUUCUGAAAAUGUUCACAUUUAAUUAAUGAUCUUUUUCCAAAACUUCAUGAGCAACCUGAAAUUUCUGAAGAAUAACUGAAAUUCCAACAACAUUCAGCCUCAGUUUAUCAUUUCCACAUCACAACUUCCAGAUCACAGAGUGUCGACAAAGGAACACAACAUUUAGUCAUCUGGAACUGAACCAGAGAGGAUUUACUGGAGGAUCACAACCACAAAAGUCAGACAAAAAAAACAACAAAAACUACACAAAAUAUGACAAAAAUCAGAUGCAAAUGACACAAAAACAACAAAACAAGACACAAAACAAAAAAUAAGACAAACUACACAACAAAAAGAGACAAAACAUUUGGCAAAAAAGUCACAAAGCAACAAAAAAUUACAGAAAUGACACAAGACAAAAAAUGACAAAAGCAAGAAACAAAACAACAAAAAAGCAGACCAACAACACAAGCGAGACAAAAAAACGACAGAAACGAUACAAAACAUCUAAUAAAGCGAAACAAAAUGACAAAAAUAAGACAAAAAACACAAGCGAGACAAAAAUGAAACACAAAAUGACAAAAACACAAGACAAAUGACAAAAGUCAGACAAAAAAAGACAAAAACAAGACAAAAUAUUACAAAAACGAGACACAAAAUGACAAAAGAACGAUGAACAAUCUAGUAUUUUACUUUCUGAUCAAAACCACUUGUCAUGGUCUAGAAAUGAUUUUAAAUUUAUAGUUUUACUAAUUUACAAUCUGCAGUUAUUGUCUUCUCUGUUAUUUUUACACUUUGAGGACCGGAUUGGACCCUCUGGAGGACCACUUUUGGCCCACGGGCCUCAUGUUGGACACCCCUGAUCAAGAGGGAACUUCACAUGAGUUCAUGUCUUCCCUUCUCCUUAUGAAGUUUCUGGUAUUUCCAGCUGUUCCACAUUUAAAAGAUGAAUUUCAGGUUUAUCUUCUCUGAACUGGAAGCAGAACCUCCUUUAAUCUGAGCUCAGCCUUCGGUUGGUUCCUCACAUUUCACUGACAGACGUCGUUAAACACCUCGUUCAGCUUUAUCGAUGACUAAAACAGCUGAUCAGCUUCAUCCGACGCUGUGUGAAAGAAGGUCGUUUUUCUAGUGAAUGAAUCAGUCACAUGUUUGUCGUUGUAGCGGCUGGUCGGUCACUUACUGACUGGGUGUCUGUCGAUGGGAACAACUGCCUGAAAAACAAGAGAAGUGUUGGAACAUGAGACCCAGAAACACUCGACUGUCCUUUAACAUGUCUGACGUUCUGACGUUUUAAUUCACCUGCAGGUUCUUUAGCCAGAAACAAACCAAUCUAGGAGGGAAAAGAAGCUCAGAGUAACAGGCUUAGAGGACUAAAGCCUUAAUUUCACAUCUUCAAAACCUACUGGGAAGCAAAUUGUAAACAUGGCAAGAAAAAUUAACAGAGAAAACACAAAUUAGUGUCGUUUCAAUCAACUGUUUUGGAGUGAAUAAGCUCUGCUGCAGUGCUAACCAAGUGGAAAAAUAAAUCAGCUGUUUGUUUGUCUUAACCCUCCUGUUGUCCUCAUUUAUAGGCACCAAAAAAUAUAGUUUCCUUGUCUGAAAAAAAGUCUAAAAAUUCAGCAAAAAAAUUCCCCAAAUUGCUGAAAAUUUGCAAAACCUUCAGGAAGAAAAUUCCAGUAAUUCCUUCAGUUUCCCUUAAAUUUUUUGAAUUAAAAAAAAAAUAAAAUAAAAAAUUGGCAAGAAAAUUCUUGUAAAUAUUUUCAAAAAAUGAGGAAAAAUCUUCCCAAAAAUCCUAAAAAUAUCUAAAGUGAUUCCAUAUAUAUACCAGUAAAACUUCUAAUAUUUUCUUUAAGAACAUUCACAUAAAAAUCAACCAAAAUCCAGCGAAUUUGCUGGAUUUUGGUUGAUUUUUAUGUGAAUGUUCUUAAGAAAUUUCUUUUUUUCCACCACAAAAUGUUCAAAGAUUUCCCAAAAAUGUUGAAAAUGUGGACAUCAGAAGUUUCACUGUGAAAAUAUACUUUUUUCCACAUUUUCAAACUUUCAAACAAUUUUGACCCGCAGGACGACACGAGGGUUAAAGAAGAGGAAGAACAAAACGAAGCUUCGUCCAUCUACAUUGAAGUAAUUAUUCCUUCAUGUCAGCUGUUUAUAACAAACAGCUGAUCAGUCAGAACUUCUUCAGAAAAGCUGUUUCCAUUUUACAGGAAGCUCAUUUCCAGUGAAUCUGGGGAAGUUUGUUUGAAUUAUUUCGUUUCCGUAAACCUUUUCUGAUGCCAUACUUCAAAAUGUGCAUAAAAUAGAUCUAUUGAAACACGACUAGAGAGUCGAGUCUAAAGAUCAUAAAAGACUAAACUAGACCUCAGUCAGCUACUUGGGUCUGUUUGUGUUUCACCUCCGUAAACAGAAAUUUUACAACUUCAGCCUCCUCCACUGUGAUUUUACUCUAAAAACGAAACUACGACACAUUCUGCCACAUUUUACGUGAUAUAUGAAGCUGAAAUGUUCUGUUGAAAGUGAUUUAAACAGAAAACUUCAUAUUUACUGGUUUUAUGAUGAUAAACUGAGAACAUUGACAACUGUUUGGACAAAAUGGUGAUUUUGGUAUUUUUCUCCACUUUGACACACUAAAUGCUAAAUUCCCAGAAUAAAAAUAAAGAGUGCUCCUGAAAAAGCUGAGCUGGUGCCAGGAGGCAGAUUUAAAGACAGAAGCUAAUGGAGUCUCUGUGAAUUAGCUUUAGUUAGCUCCUCCAGCUGGUCAGUGAGUUAGAUUAGAAACCAGCUAGUUAGUCUGCUGCUCCAUCCAAACAGCUGAGUCCAGAUCAGCUGAUUAAAGCUUUUUUAAAUACAUUUUCUGAUUGUGGUUUUUUUAUAUGACUGUAUUUUAAGUGCAGCUGAACCUCGGUCUGUUUCUACCUUCCUGUUUUUAUCUUCCUGGGUUUAAAUUCUCUGCAUGACAGCGGUGCAACAGCACACAUGCCAAAAACGUAACACGACUGCCCCAGCUUUGAUUUUUUUAAGUGCAAUCAUAUCUGUCUUUGAGGUUCAUUUCUGAUGUGUAGUUAGAAGAUGGUUUCAGUUAGUUUGAACAUCAAAUCUGUUCUGUGAUGCUCAGUCCUUCCUCUGCCCUGCAGGAGAACGCUUAUCACAGUGGAUUUCAGAGCAACGUACAGUUUGAAACUGGUCAAUGUCUUGAAAUGUCUUGCUCAAGGACGCCGGCAGAGCACAUGGCUGUUACUGGUGUCAAACCUGCUGUUGCAUUUAAAUAAAGGAGAGAAAUGAGUCAAA